UAGUUAACUGAGAACUACAAAUUAACCUAAACAUUUUGUUCUGCAUUGGUUUAAAGAUUUAAACUCAGAUAUUAUUUCAUACAAUAUAGGGAGUCCAACCCAAAACCACCUGUGUUUCUGUUUUUAAAAUUUGAAAAUGGAGUUGAAUGAAGGUGCUGGUUAAUCUUAACCAAAACAGACAUGUUAUCCAUAGCUCGUAUCAAAUGGAUUUCCAUUCACGAAGAGAACAGCAAAAUCGUCAUUAAUUUUGUUCGCUGCUACAAUAGUUUCACAGCAUUGUCUUUUCCUUCUCGCAACGUAACAACCAAAAAACAUUCACUAUCUGUGAGAAAGUCGAAUGAUAAAUCUAUAAAGAUCCCCAGUAUUAAAACAGUAUGUCGGCAAGGGCAGUUAAGGGAGGCCAUGGAUGCUCUUAAAGCUAUGGAUAAGCGAAGGAUUCGUCCAAAUUCUUAUGACUAUGGUUAUCUAUUACAAAGCUGCAUUGCUAAUCGAGCUCUGGCUGAAGGGAAAAAAAUCCAUGCUCAUAUUAUUGAACAAGGAUUUAAACUGGGUGGAUUUUUGGAAACUAAGCUUUUGGUUCUGUAUGGAAAAUUUGGAGUUUUGGAUCACGCACGCCAGCUGUUUGACAAAAUGACUGAACGAAAUGAAUAUGCAUGGACUGCUAUUAUUGCCGGGUAUGUACAGAGAGGUCAGUUUGAGGAGGCAUUGGAUUGUUUUUGGCAAAUGAGACAAGCAGGAAAUCGGGUAGAUGAGUUUAUUUUUGCCACCGUUGCACAUGCAUGUGCAGGGUUAGGAGGUUUGAAAGAGGGUAAGAAAAUCCACAACUGUAUAGUCAAGAGUGGUUUUUACCAGUCCUGUGUCGUUUUAGGGAGUGCACUUGUAGAUAUGUACGCAAAAUGUGGGAGUUUAGAGGAUGCACUCCAAUUGUUUGACGAAAUGCCUCAACUAGAUGUGGUUGCGUGGACUACAGUGAUAGCAGGAUGUAUUCAGUGUGGUGACGAGAAGAAGGCUCGACAAUUAUUUUAUGGAAUGCAACAGGCUGGUACUAGGCCAAAUGAAUAUACGUUUUCUAGUAUCUUGAAUGUGGGAAUGGGUGUAUCAGACUUGGAACAGGGAAAACACAUCCAUGCGUGCAUUUAUAAAUGUGGAUUAGACUCUAAUGUUGUUUUAGGAAGUGCUCUACUUGAUAUGUAUGUGAAAUGUGGAAGCUUAGAAGACGCACGCCGAGUGUUUGACAAAAUGCCUGAAAGAAAUGUUGUCUCCUGGACUACCAUGAUUGCAGGCCUGGCGGAUCAUGGAUAUAUGGAUGAGGCCUUGCGAGUUUUUCUACAAAUGCAGUGCACAGGAAUUGAACCAAAUGAAAUCACGUUUACCACGAUUCUUAGAGCAUGUGCUGGUCGAGCAUCAUUGGAAUUGGGUAAGCAAGUUCAUGCCUACACAGUAAAGACUGGUUUUGAGCCAACUGCUGGUACAGGAAGUGCGCUUAUCGACAUGUAUUCAAAAUCUGGCAGUAUAGAAGAUGCCAGUUGUGUGUUUGAUACUAUAGUUCAAAGGGACAAAAUUGUAUGGACUGUGAUGAUCACUGGAUAUGGUAAGCAUGGGAUGGGCAAGGAUGCUCUUCAUAUUUUUGAGAAAAUGCAAAUUUGUGGUGAGAAACCAGACCACGUUGUAUUCUUAGCUGUUCUUUCUGCUUGCAGUCAUGCAGGUCUAGUGGAUGAGGGUUGGCAUUACUUUGUUUCAAUGGAACAAAAACACGGCAUUGCAGCUAAUGCUGAGCACUAUGCAUGCAUAGUUGAUCUCCUUGGGCGAGCUGGCUACCUGGACAAGGCAUAUGACAUUAUAAAAAGAAUGCCACUUCCACCUGAUUCUGCUGUAUGGGGAGCCUUGCUUGCUGCUUGCAGGGUUUACUUUAACAUGAAGCUUGGAAUUGUUGCUGCAGAGCACCUUUUAGAGUUAAACCCACAAGACUCUGGAAAUUUUGUGGUUUUGUCAAACAUGUAUUCUGCAUCUGGUAGAUGGGAAGAAGCAUCAAUGGUAAGAAAAACAAUGACGAACAUGGCAGUAAAGAAAAAGGAUCCAGGAUGCAGUUGGAUUGAGGUUAACAGGAAGGUACAUGAGUUCAUAGUAGGAGACAGAUCGCAUCCUUUAAUAGAGCAGAUCUGUGCAAAGUUGGAGAUGUUGUUCGGAGAUAUGAAAGAAGCAGGGUAUGUGCCAAAUAUGAACUUCGCGCUGCAUGAUGUGGAGGAGGAACAGAAGGAAGAUAUUCUUGGUCAUCACAGUGAAAAGCUGGCCACUGCUUUUGGACUCAUUAGCAUCCCACCUGAGACAUCUAUCCGAAUUUUCAAGAACCUUCGUGUAUGUGGUGAUUGUCAUAAUUCUAUCAAGUUUAUUUCAAAGAUUGUUGGACGUAAAAUUGUAGUGAGAGAUUCCAAGCGCUUCCAUCAUUUCAAUAAUGGUGUGUGCACGUGCGGUGAUUACUGGUGAAUUUUGGUGGAGACAUGUUAUCAUUGCUGUUGUAUGGACUAUGCUUCCAUUUCAGUUCUGAUGCAUAAUUGGAGGUUUAAAGCAAAUAUGGUUAGAGGAGGUCUCCAAAUCACUUGCUUGAUUUCCAAUCAUCAGCUUAGUACUCCAUUUUUCUAACAUAUACUCAAGAACCAGACAAACCCCUGUAUCAGAAGUGAUGUGCCUUUCUAAAGUAUGUUGCAUGAAAUUCUAGAUUAUUAAUUCGGUUUGAAGAGUAAAAUCUAGGUGUUCCAUCAACAAUGGUGAAAGUCUUACUUUUCUUCAAAGCUUCCGCUCAGUUGAUUUUGAUUCUAGAAGAGGGUUUGGAAACUAAGGUAUAGGAAAUCCAUUGACAAUAGUCGAAUGCUCAGAAACUUUAAACAUGGUACAGAAUUUCGAACAAUUCUUUGCUAAUUGUAGGCAGACAGUCUAGACAUCUCAUGUGGAGACUCAGGUGUUCCACAAUUUCAAAAUUUUAAAUUGGACACAAUGAAUUAUAUGAACUUCCAUGUGACACUGCAGUCAUAGGCUAGAAACUGUGACAGGCUUACUUGGCUCUGAAGCUUCUAUCAUGGUAGGCAAUCCAGAGAAUCAGAACAUUUGAUUCGAAAACUAAGAUCUAGAAAACUACAUUGACAAUAGUGAAAGGAUUACUUAGGAGCUUCUAAUAGUGUGGGGAGUUUUGAACGGUGUUUUAUUGAUGGUCGAUAGACCUUGUGGACUCCAAAGUGAUGCGAUUUCAUUUUCUUAAUUAGACACAAUGAAGCCAGUAAGCUUACUUCCAUGUGACAUUCUAGAAAUAUUCCAUAAAUGUGGAGAAUCAUGGAUGUUGUUUUAUAGAAUGAAUACGUUCGAAUCUGGAACGCAUGUUGAGCAAAAUUCCAAAUAGUUUAAUAAAAAAUAAAAAUAGACUUUAUGAAGCUGGAAUCAUGCUGCCGUUGUUAGAAAUAUUGCAGUGUCCUCUUUUCAUUAGUUCAUCAUAUGUAAACCCAUGAACCUAUUCCUUUAUUUCCCAGUGGGCUGAAGAAAUAAUUUUAAUAUGGGGACCAUGAUCUGGAAAAAUUGGAGCAGUUACAGGUUAACUUUAAAGAUGAUGUUAUGAUGGUCAAAGUGAGCUGCUAAUUUUGAGGUGGAAUCUUGACUUGAAUAGCAUUUGCUAUUUUCAGAAUGAAGAUGACUCAUAGGGGUGUUAGGAUUUGAGCCUUCUGUGUUGUAAAUUGAGGCAUGUUUGGUCAUUAGGAUAGUUUUUUUCUCAUAUUUUACUAACACACUGUUCAAUUUUUUAUUUAAGGGUGAAAACCCUCGACUCUAGCUUUCCUUUGGACAAUCUCAUCCAAAGAUUGCAUUUGUGGUGAAAAAUUUCUCUUUUCUUUUAUCAGGUU